UGGGUCUCUUUCAGUCUCGCUCCGUCCGCCGACUUGCCGUGUGCGCCCCUUCUCUAAGUGUAUUGGGAAAAAAAGCAGGCCAGGUGCAUCAGAUACUCACACGGCACAAUAGAGAAAAGAGCCAAAGUUUUUGUCAGUGUUCGCAAAGUUGUUCCUCGCUAAUUCAAGGAUGGCACUAUUCCGUGUAAGCAGCCGCCGCUGUCUCGAUCUCCAGAAGCUGAGCAAUGGCGUGGGAAUUCGGGCUUUGUCCGAUAGCUCGACUGACCUCAAGAAAGUGCUCUCCGAGAAGAUUCCCAAGGAGCAGGAACGCAUCAAGAACUUCCGCAAGCAGUACGGCGCCACCAAGGUCGGCGAGGUCACCGUUGACAUGAUGUACGGUGGCAUGCGAGGCAUCAAAGGUUUGGUAUGGGAGCCCUCAGUACUCGACCCCGAGGAAGGCAUCCGUUUCCGUGGCAAAUCCAUUCCCGAGUGCCAGAAACUGUUACCUAAAGCUCCGGGCGGUGCCGAACCCUUGCCCGAGGGCUUAUUCUGGCUGUUGAUCACCGGUGACGUACCGACCGAUGCCCAAGUCAAAGCCAUCUCGCAAGAAUGGGCAGCACGCAGUUCCUUACCCUCCCACGUGACCAAAGCACUCAACGACUUUCCCAAGAGCUUGCAUCCAAUGACCCAAUUCUCCGCCGCAAUUACACUUCUCAACAGCGAGUCCGAAUUCGUUAAAGCUUACACCAACGGCGUUCACAAGAGCAAGUUCUGGGAGACCGUCUACGAGGACUCCAUGAAUCUCAUUGCCAAGCUGCCUGUUGUUGCCGCUACCAUCUACAGAAAUAUCUACAAGAACGGCAAGGGAAUCGGCUCGGUGGACGCUGGUAAAGAUUGGUCGUUCAACUUCGCCACGAUGCUGGGCUACGAUAAUCCCGAAUUCAUCGAGUUGAUGCGCCUUUACCUGACGAUCCAUUCGGAUCACGAGGGUGGCAAUGUAUCAGCUCACACGACGCACUUGGUCGGUUCGGCACUAUCCGAUCCUUAUCUAUCCUUCGCUGCUGGUAUGAAUGGCCUGGCUGGUCCACUUCAUGGUUUGGCCAACCAGGAGGUACUCGUUUGGCUGCAGAAACUUAGACAACAAGUCGGCGAUAACCCGAGUGACGAGAAACUCAAGGAAUUCAUCUGGAAUACCUUGAAGAGUGGACAAGUCGUACCUGGCUAUGGUCAUGCUGUGCUUAGGAAGACCGAUCCGAGGUAUUCCUGCCAGAGGGAGUUUGCACUUAAACAUCUGCCUAACGACAGUUUGUUCAAGUUGGUGUCGCAAGUCUACAAAAUUGUACCACCAGUACUCCUGGAGACCGGCAAGGUAAAGAACCCAUGGCCAAACGUAGACGCUCACUCCGGUGUUUUGCUUCAAUACUAUGAUAUGAAGGAGAUGAACUACUACACCGUGUUGUUCGGUGUAUCUCGUGCCCUUGGUGUAUUGGCCGACUUAGUCUGGUCACGAGCUCUUGGUCUGCCGAUUGAAAGGCCCAAAUCCCUCAGCACCGACCUCCUUAUGAAAGCUGUGAAAGCCGCUUAAAUUUGCUUCUCAUCACUAAGAGCAAAAACACAAAAAUAAAGAGGUCCGACGAACUGCCACUAUAUACGAUAUCACCUCACGAUGGCUUUAAAACAAACAAGAAUCAUCGCGUGGUUACGAAAAGAAAAAAAUCGAGUAUUCGUACGAGUUGUGCAUGCGAGAGAGAAUGUGAGCGAGUGAAAGAAUCCUAUGAAAGAUAAAAAAGAACCUAGACAAUAUUAUUGUGUGACUAGUAUUAGUCGGCAACAAAAUAUGCCCCUCGUGUCACACAUAUUUAGAAGUAGUACGAAACGAAAUAUGUGUCGGUGCUACUCCGUUUUAGCAAUACUCCCCUCUCCCCUUACACCGAGUUAUAUUCAGCUCUGUUGCUGGUCAAUCGAAUCAUUGUGUCGUCAUGUUUUUUUUCUCUUGUCUUUUAGAGUUGUCGUUCGGAAAAAGGAAAUUUGAUUUUAUUUUUCCUUAUUAUCUUUAAUCAUUGUUUCUCUUUUUUGUAAAUUACUUUGAUUUUCGGAUGGUUGAUCCAUCGAUGAUGAUAAUGAUGAGUACGAGCUGACUUGUGAGCACACGCUUAGGCUUUAUUUAUUCAAUAAAAUCGCGUUAAAGUCGUUGCGAUCGGGACACUCUACUCGCUUUUUAUCGUGAAAAAAGGGAAAGUUGGAGAGUCAAUCAAUCAAAUCAAUAAUAUGUAUAAAUAAAAAUAACAGAUGUAAAAUUGUAAUGUUCAUUUUGCCUUUUAUUACUUUUUUCAUUUUCUUCUUUUUUCACUCAUGAAUUAAAUUGUCAUCAAUUAAAAUUAUUGUUUCGCAUCGCGCAUUAUAUAUGUACAUAUAUAUGCGCGUGCGCGCACACAUACACAUACAAUUUGUUAAAAAUUAGCAGAAUACAAAAACUAAAACAACAAGUAGUCGUUCAUAUUUAUUAGAACAAUUGUAAUUCAUCGAUUACCAUUGGAUACAAGAAACGAACGAACUGGACGCAUAUAAUGAGAAAUAAAAUUAGCAAAAAGACAAAAAAA